AUGGAAUUACUGAGGGAAUUUAUGGAGGAAUGGAGGGAUGCGGUUGCGGCUAUGAAGAAGAGGGUGAUGUGCGAGGAGAUUGAAGGCGGAAGCUGGUGUAUGGGGGGAGUUUCUGGGAAGGCAAUGGUCUGUCCGAAGGAGGUAAGCGGCGGCAUGGACAAGGAAAACGAUGAAGGGUUCUGCUGUGAUGAGGACUUUGAGGGAGCGUUUGACCAGGAAAGCCUGAUUCCCGGACACAUUCCGAUUAUAAAGAGCCGGGAUGUGGCUAUGGAAGAUCCCACCUCCCCCUCUGCCAAGAAGGAUGCAAAGGAUCCACGGCCGAUGUCGUCUGGGACGGAUGUAAGCAGAGAGAACAGCCAUGGCUACAAAGAGGUGGUUUUCAAGGAAGAGCCAAAUGCGGUAGACCUAUGCACCUUGGAGUCUUAUAGAGGAACCAAGCUUAGGAAUCCUUCUGUGGUUAAGGAUCCUGCCGAAGGAAAAGACGGGACUGAGCUGCCUUUGAAGGAUGCAGGGGCUUUGAGGGAUGCGGAGAAGGCCUUGGCUGAGAACACGGGCAAGGACAACAAAAGCCUUAGUGCAAAUGCCAAGCUGAAUGCAGCAUUGAUGCAGUUGAAGAAAAGAUGUCUUAACAAAGUGGAUGAGUCUGUGUGUGCCAAAGACGAGAAAGAGAGCGCGAUGGGGCUGCAUAGGGUUGAGCCCCAGCCCUUUGGUGUGAAGAGCCAGGAGCCCGAGUCCAUGAAAAGAUUCAAUGGAAGCAAUCUCUACAAGCAGGCAAUAGACUAUCAGCUUCUCAGGUCUGCAGGAAAGGUUCCUCAGCAUGUGUACAAGCCGAAGACAAAGAUACCACGAGUGGAUGAGGACGACGUUAUUCUGGACCCCGACUUUGUUGUCCCGGACUUUGCUAAGGAUCCUGCAAUAAACUUCAAGGUGAAGAUGCAAGACCACAGAGUCCUCGAGAGAUACUUUUCGAACGGGCAUGAGAUUGACGUGGAGAGAUUGUUCCCUCAUGUGAAGAAUGUGUCGAAUAACAGUCCUAACAAAUGGCCGACAAAGAGCAGCGGGGAAUGA